AAAAGAAAAAAAAAGUCUGCACAGCUAUCGCAUGCUCAGCCCACAAAGAGAAAUAGUAUUGGAGAGGCAGGGCAGCAGGGCAGAAGUGCAGAUGAAAAGAGCCUAGAGAAACUAUUGCUUUAAGCUCUGAUAUACAACUACCAGACCUCCAAAAUAAAAAUGAAUGGACAGAAGCAAUGGACACGGGUGGCUGUGAUGGCGCUCCUGGUGCUAACCGUGAUGGCAGCUGAAGGAGGCAAAGGAGAGAAACAAGGAAAGAAGGAGCGCAAGUCAGACUGCGGGGAUUGGCAGUGGAGUGUGUGUGUUGCCAAUGAAGGGGACUGUGGACUCGGCACCAGGGAGGGAACACGCACCGGCACCGACUGCAAGCAGACCAUCAAGACCCAGCGCUGCAAGAUCCCCUGCAACUGGAAGAAGAAGUUCGGAGGGGAAUGCAAGUACGAAUUCCAAGCCUGGGGGGAGUGCGACCUGGCGACGGGCAAGAAGAACAGAACGGGACAGCUGAAGCGGGCGCUCAUGGACGCGACCUGCGCCGCCACCGUCACAGCCACCAAGCCUUGUGGGAAAAUCCCCAAGACCAAGCUGCAAGACGCAAAGAAGCAAAAGAAGGAAGGCAAGAAGCGAGAGCGCACCCAAAUGGACUGAUGAGGACGUUUGCGCCUGAGGAGACGUCCGCUGCCCUGAUCUCAAAACGGUUCCUCUCUAUAUGUCCUGUAGGUUGGCAGUAGGAGCCUGUAUAGCUUUGACAAAACCAGUGGAAAUGUGUGCUUUUCUUCUUCUUCUUCUUCUUCUUCUUCCUAGCGCCUCGUAAGAAGCAACGCGUACGUUGCCAUAGGAGAUAUAAUACUCAGUGGUAUAGGGACGAAUAAUGAGAAGAUUUGUUGACUAGUGUUCUCAGCUAAUGAUGUUAUUUCUAGGAUUAUUUUCUUAAAAACAAACUGCCUAGGAUUUUGUCGUCCGACUGCAUAGCCUAACCUUAAUUCGGAAAGCUUCAGCUUAAUGAAGCCGUGGAACUACAUACAUCUUCACUUAAUUCAUUUUGCAGUUGUUCCCAUCGCUUACUGGUGGUAAGUGACAAUAAACACGAUAGUCCUGUCCGGAGGUUGCGUUUUUUAGUUUCUUUUCCUCUUGCUGCUCUGUUGUACCUCAAUUUACACCCACUGAUUGUUACUCUCCUGUUUCUCCUGGCUGUACAAAAAAAAAUAAAAAAUAAAAAUGUAAAUGAAAAACAAACAACAGCAACAACAAAAAAAACAUUGUACUGUAGUCCUCAGUUGAGGUUAACAUUGCUUUUGUUUCCUGGUACAUUUCCAAAAAUUGAAUAAAAUAAAAAAAUAAAAGUUAGAAAAGA